AUGGUUCAAGAUAUAAUUUACACAAAAGUGUUAAAACAUUUUGAAUCUAAACACGAUGCUGAGUGCUCGGAAACUGAAGAUGCUCAGAUACGGCUUGCACCUCAUGUGCAAGCCUACUUAGCACAUAAUAACUCAACAACAAACUGUUGUGGCUUUGCAAUACCUAUAGCUUUUGAAAGAGCAGCCCCUGGCACUUGGUGGAACCCUAGAUUUGACUCUGAAAUACUAGAGGGACAAUAUAGAAGCAGCUCAUUUAGACAGAUUAGAUUACGAUUUCGAUUUGCACUAUUAUACAUUUUAAUAUUUUCUAUAUCAUGGUUCAUUUACUUUGUGGUCCUUGGCUUAAAUGGUGUAACAGUGAAAUGGCCAUUUUUAUGUUCGAUAUUUGCGGGAGUAUUAUUAAUUACAUCUGUGAUGCUAUUUCUUACUUUUACGGAAGUUUACAAAGUGCACACAUUCAGAUUGUCACUAGUAAUGGCACUUGCUAUGUGUACCUUGAGUCUGUCUUUAAUUGCCCUGACAACUCAAACGGAUUCAAGCUCACCUCUAGUUGCAGAUAUAAGCCAAUCUGGACACUUUACCAUGUGUAUUGAAAUACUUUUAAUUAUAUACACUUUAACUCCACUACCACUGUUUGCAUGUGUUUCAAUAGGAAUACUAUAUUCCAUAGCUUUUGAAACUCUGAAUGUGUUUUUACAUUUAUCGGAACAAGAAUGGCAGUACCCGGGAAUGUUGGUCAGAAUUCUAUUGCAUUUUUGUGUCCAUAUAAUUGGUGUACAUAUUUAUCUCAUGACUUUUGUGAGAAUGAGGGGUACUUUUAUGAAGGUCGGUCAAAGUUUGCUAGUCAGGAGGCAGCUAGAGAUGGAGAAGCAGCUAAAGGAGAAAAUGAUUCAUUCGGUCAUGCCGCCGAAACUUGCCAGUUGGUUAAUGGAGGAACAAGUCACAGAUACGGAGAUGAUAUCUAAGAGUCACGAUCCACUUCAGCCGAGAUCGUCGAACCCUGGAGCGUCUGAUAUCAAAUCAUUGUUUAGGCCUUUCAACAUGAGUUCAAUGGACAAUGUCAGUAUUUUGUUUGCUGAUAUUGUGGGGUUUACCAAGAUGUCGAGUAACAAGGGCGCCGAGGAAUUGGUUAAUAUAUUGAAUGAUUUGUUCGAGAAAUUCGACGAGCUGUGUAUUAUACAUGGGUGUGAAAAGAUUUCCACACUCGGCGAUUGCUAUUACUGCGUGUCUGGUUGUCCUGAACCGAGGCCAGAUCACGCGACCUGUUGUGUGGAGAUGGGGCUAGGUAUGAUUGAAGCCAUCCAGGAAUUUGAUAGAGAGAAGGGUGAAGGGGUCAAUAUGAGAGUGGGAGUCCACACCGGGACGGUGUUAUGCGGGAUAGUCGGGACGAGGCGGUUUAAGUUUGACGUCUGGAGCAAUGACGUCACGCUUGCCAACAAAAUGGAGUCGACUGGUAAGCCGGGACGUGUUCACAUUUCCGAAGAGACCAGCAAGUUCCUCGGCGGUUCUUAUGUGUUGGAAGAGGGGGAAGAAGUUUUCGGUCAUAAAACUUACUUCAUUGAAGGACGGCAGCUCAGCUCUCCAUACGACCACGAGAACUGCCUUACCCCUAACCCUGUGAACUUGCGUCUCAUCAUAUCCCCUGCAGCUUCACCCCAAUCGGCGCUUUCCAUCAGUCAUUCGGCCUUACCGAUAUCAGCAAAGACGAGUGAUGCGUCCAGCGAUGAUAAGCCGAGGCCCGAUGCGAAGUACUCCAACAAUUUCCUAUCACCGAGCCCGUUUAGUUUUCGUAAUAAAGCUAGUUCCCUUCCAAGCAUAUUGGAUUCAGACACUGAAUUAGAUGAUAAACGGGAGAAGAGGUUCCAUAAUGGCAACGACACGUCAUCUAAAAGUCCCACUUCAAUUGGAAGCUACGGCAAGUACACGAACAAAAUAAAACAGUGGAAGGUACCAAAGUUUCUGAGAAAACACUCGGAUACGCCGCUGCACGAAAUUAAAAAGCAGAACUUUAGUGAUAAAACGAUACAUUUAGUGGAGAGUGGGGAUGGCGUACAGUGCAAUAAUGGUUACCAUAAGGUACCGAUUGUGAUAGAAUCUCAUGAAGCAAAACGGCCCGUACAGAGCAGCAGUAAACUAAAUCGCACCCACGAGAUGGCGUUAUUCGAAAAGGAGAUAAUUGACAUUCGGUCAUAUUUGAGCCAGUCUAGAAGUAAUAUGUCACCGUUUGCGAGGAGUAGCAGUUAUAGAUCUCAGUAUGGGAGGCCUAAUGUGGAGCAAGUACCUGUAAGUCGGGCGCGCAGCUCUACAUUGGCGACUCAAGGAGAACUGAUACGGCCAAAGGACCGAAAGUUAGCUUUACCUGUACCCAAUCCGCAUGUUAGACUACCUGAUGACAUUGUCAGUCUUUGUCCUUCGGUCAACAGCCGCAAAGAUUCUGGUAUAAGGAGUACAAGUAGACGAUCAAGUAUACAACAACAGAUUUUCGUGUUGAACCACGUUUCGUUGGCAACGUCCCAAGUCGAUAUAAUGCAGCAGAGAGUAUCUGGGUAUUAUACGUCGAGUCAGUCAUCCCUCGAUGUACCGUCUAGGACGAAAUUGCCUCCACCCUUGAACGACGAACAGGUUCAGUCUCUACAGAAACUGAGGAAACAGUCUGAUCUCCAGUUAAUAAGAUGCGUUCAAGACAACGCUAGGUCCGGCAUUAAUUAUUUUGUCCAGCCACCCUUGAACAAACUCACUCUCUUCUUCAAAACGAAAGAUAUAGAGAGGCAUUAUCGAGACAAGGCACACAGGAGCGAUGAUAGCGAAGAUUUCCCCCCCACUUUGACGACAUCGCGUUUCAACACUGCUUUGGAUAUACUAGUGUCCUCAAUUAUAUUUCUUAUAGUCGCAGCUUCCAUAUUGAUCGUGUAUAAGGAAUGGCGGUAUUCUAUUGGAUGGUUUAUUGCGUUUGUAAUUAUCGAAGUCGUAGCAAUGUCACUCUGUGUGUACAGACACUACCUGAAAUGGCGGACGAAAACGGACCCUGCAGAAAUAACUCACACGCUGAGACGGUCCGUUCGAGUAUUUAGGAAAUUGUCAAAUUGGUAUCCGUGGCAUUUGACGGGUAGUCUGCUAAUCAGCCUACCGAUUCUAGCGGUGUUAUUAAACUUCUCUUGUCAAAAUACCACCCUGACUAUACUGAGCGGGAAACAAUCCUUCUACGUGUACCUCCUGAACGUGUGUAUCGUACAUUUCUGUAAUUUUACGCAGAUGAGUUGGCUCGUGAAGAACGCUUUAGUGACUAUUUAUGCGGGUUUGUUCCUCUUCCUAGCCCUGUUGGGAUGUCGAGAAGUCAAUACUCAGUUUUUGGACUCUAUUGAUAUUAUUUCAAGUGUUGCUCAAAAUAGUACAAAUAUCACGGACAUUCUGUUAGACGAUAUAUUAACGAGCAACAGCACAAACGUCGUCAACGUUGAACACGGGAUGCAUUUGAAAGAGCUUUAUUUGGACAUCGCGUUGUUGUUAAUUUUAGUCUGGUUCUUGAAUAGGGAAUUUGAAAUAAGCUACCGGCUCAGCUUCUACAGCAACGUGGUCGCGAACCGAGACAAACAAAAAGUCCAGACGAUGAGGAACCAGGCGGAUUGGUUGUUGCACAACAUAAUACCGAGGCACGUCGCAGAUCAAUUGAAAAACACAGCCAAAUAUUCUGAAAACCACAAAGACGUCGGGAUUAUAUUUGCGAGCAUAGUUAACUUCAACGAAAUGUAUGAUGAGUCGUAUUUGAAAGGGAAGGAGUAUUUACGCGUCCUCAACGAGCUCAUAGCCGACUUCGAUGAACUCUUGGAGAGGCCAGAGUUCCAGCACGUGGAAAAGAUUAAGACGAUAGGUAGCACCUUCAUGGCGGCUAGCGGUCUCAACCCGGACUUAAGGCACUCCUUGCGAAUGCCCCACGAGCAUCUUCACCAAUUGAUGGACUUCGCCCUGGAGAUGCAGAAGGUCGUCGACAACUUUAACCAGGAUUUACUCGAGUUCGAUUUUAUUCUCCGCAUUGGAUAUAACUUCGGUGACGUCACUGCGGGUGUUAUAGGCACGACUAAGUUGUAUUAUGAUAUUUGGGGGGACGCGGUGAAUAUUGCGUCCCGGAUGGAUUCGACGGGCGUCCCUAAAAGGAUUCAGGUGGGCGAGGCGUGCUUGCCCGCUCUCGCAACCCGGUACGAGUUCGAACCGCGCGGGAGCGUGUACGUCAAGGGAAAAGACAAUAUGGACGUCUACCUUGUCAUCGGUAAGAAGGAUACGUAG